CUUUUUUCUUCUUCUUUUCAUUUUAAAACCGUCAAAUUCCUUUCUCUCUUUCUCGGUCCCUCAAUUAUCGCCUGUUAUUUUCAUUUUCCCAAUCCCUUUCUUAAGAAAAUUUCAUCUCAUAGUUUUCCCGACAAAGUUAGGGUUUAGAACAAAGACUUUUUUUUUUGGCCAAUAUAACAAAGACUGAUAUAGAGGGCUAAUCAUGAGCUUUCAAGAUCUGGAAGCUGGACGGCCAUCGGCGUCGAGGCAAAACCUCAUCAACAGCAAGCAAGACGCCACCCAAGCUGUGGCUUCUGGCAUUUUCCAGAUCAACACUGCCGUCUCCUCCUUCCAGCGACUCGUCAAUACCCUUGGGACUCCUAAGGACACGCCUGAGCUUCGAGAAAAGCUGCAUAAAACGAGGCUACAUAUUGGGCAAUUAGUCAAGGACACUUCGGCUAAACUUAAACAAGCUAGUGAAACAGAUCACCGUGCUGAAGUUAGCGCCAGCAAGAAGAUAACAGAUGCUAAACUUGCAAAAGAUUUUCAAGCAGUUUUGAAAGAGUUUCAGAAGGCUCAACGGCUUGCAGCUGAAAGGGAAACAGCAUACACUCCUUUUGUUCCCCAGGCAGUUCUUCCUUCAAGCUACACAGCCAGUGAGAUAGAUGUAGGUUCAGAUAAAAGUGCCGAACAGCGAGCCCUUCUUGUGGAAUCAAGAAGACAAGAGGUCUUGCUGUUGGAUAAUGAGAUUGCAUUUAAUGAGGCUAUAAUUGAAGAAAGAGAACAAGGAAUUCAAGAAAUUCAGCAGCAAAUUGGUGAGGUAAAUGAGAUCUUCAAAGAUCUCGCUGUGCUAGUUCAUGAGCAAGGAACUAUAAUUGAUGACAUUGGGACCCAUAUUGAAAACUCACAAGCUGCCACUGUACAGGCUAAAUCCCAACUUGUGAAAGCUGCAAAGACUCAGAGAUCAAAUUCUUCCCUGACCUGCUUGCUCCUGGUGAUAUUUGGAAUUGUCAUUCUGAUCGUGAUCAUAGUACUGGUAGUCUGAUCAGAAGGCUGUCCUCUUUGAUCAUAUAACAAUUUAUAGAUCUUCUCAGCAACAAGAGGGUGAUCCUUUUGCUAAUGUAUUUGAUUAUGUUGUUUUGGGAGACAUGACGGCUGACUGGUGUUCACUUCUAGUGUUAGUAUAUAGCAUAUGGUUAUCCAUCAUCCAUUAUGAUAUUUGGUUGAUCUUUGGGCAAGGUGUCUCUUUUCUGUAAGUUGGUGUUUGUGUUUGGGUUUGGUUUUGUGCAAGGUGCGUUACAGCUUUUGGGUUUGGGUUUGUUGAGGAUUUGUUGGUACAGCUUUCGUGCAUUGCCCCUUUUGUUUUCUUGAAUUUUACUAUAAUAAGAGUUAUAAUUCUUUGGUUUUUUAUAU